AUGUUAUCAUUUCAGUUCACUACCAACUGUCGCGAACAUUGGCCACAUUCGGACAACCAUAUAUCCAACAUGGCUACGAAACUUCUGGUGUUACUAGCCGUGGUGUCAAGCGCGACAGCCGCUGUAAAACUCCAAGAGAUGUUCUCUUGGAAUGUGAUGGACUGGAACUACCCUGACCCUUACACAAGACAGCAAGCCAUACAAUCUGGAGCUCUCGUUCAGGAGAAUGCUCUCCCUGUCGGCAUUGAGAGGUGGAGGAACAAACUCUUCGUCAGCGUACCUAGGUGGAAGGCGGGUAUUCCCGCUACACUGAACUACAUACCUUUGGAUGCCCCCUACGAUCCGUCUCCAAAACUGAACCCCUACCCAAGUUUUGCAGGCAACGAGUUGGGUAACUGCCAGACCGGUCUGAACACAGUAUACAGGAUAAAGGUCGACAAAUGUGACCGUCUCUGGGUCCUCGAUGUUGGUACAUACGGAUAUGAUGCCAACGUAACCAACCUCUGCCCAUACUCGCUCAACAUUUACGAUCUGAACACUGACCAACGCAUCCGAAGAUAUGUAUUCCGUCCUGAAGACAUUGUUUCAUCUACAUUCAUUGCCAACAUUGCUCUCGACGAAGGAAGAACCUGUGAUGAUACUUUCGCUUACUUCUCCGACGAGCUCGGCUACGGUCUCAUAGCCUACUCAUGGCAACAAAACAGGUCGUGGAGAUUUAGCCAUGGAUUCUUCAUGCCCGACCCUCUGACUGGAGAUUUCAACAUCGCCGGCUUGAACUUCCAAUGGAGUGCCGAAGGAAUUUUCGGAAUCACUGCUUCUCCUGCGGGACCAGAUGGUUUCAGAACGCUCUACUUCAGCCCCUUGGCUAGUCACACUCAGUUUGCUGUCUCUACUCGGAUUUUACGCGAUGAAUCAAAAGUAACUGGAUCAUACCGCGACUUCCAAGUUGUCGGUGAACGAGGUGCUAACGGCCACACUACCUCUAAAGUGAUGGAUGAAUAUACUGGAAUUGAAUUGUUCAAUUUGAUUGACCAAAAUGCUAUUGGAUGCUGGAGGCAAGAUCUACCUUAUAAACCACAAAACAUUGCUGUGGUAGACAAAGACGACGCGGGUCUUAUUUUCCCUAGCGAUGUCAAAAUUGACGCUCAAAGGAAUGUGUGGGUGAUGUCCGACAGGAUGCCAGUGUUCCUUGAAUCUACUUUAGAUUACAGCGACAUCAACUUCAGAGUGUACACUGCUCCUAUUGAUCUUCUGGUUCAAGAAACUGUUUGCCAGGCUGCUCCUCAGCUUUUGCAGACCGUCAAACCAGUUCAACAAACUAGUGUGAUUCCUCAGCAGCCCUCAUACUCGAUCUACGAAACAGGUUUGGGAGUGACUGCGAACCCCCUGACCAUUCAGGGAGGUUCUCUUUCGCUGUUCUCUCCAGUUUCAUCUCCUCAGCCGGAGAUAGCCAGCACCUUCAGGCCUGGAACUAUUAUUAGGAACUCGAUACCCACUGUGCAGAGCUACAUCAACUUCCCUAAACAAACCGCAAUCCCCUACAUUGCUGGAAGGCCAAAAUCCUACAUUCACUCUAGCCGAAACCCUUGGUGGCACGAAAAACGUAAUUACGAAGUAUACGAACAUUAA